AUGCCCAAAUCAAAGCGCGCAAAAGUAGUCCACCUCUCCAAAGUCGAAAAGAAAGGCAAAGAGCUUUCAGAACGCCUCUUCACCGCCGUCCGCGAAGCCGCCGACACCUACUCCCAUAUCUUCGUCUUCUCCGUCGAAAACAUGCGCAACACAUACCUCAAAGACGUGCGGACUGAAUUCGCGGAUAGCAGGAUCUUCUUCGGCAAGACGAAGGUUAUGGCGAAGGCGCUUGGGACCGAUGCCUCGAGCGAGCACCUUCCGAACCUCGCCAAGCUGUCCGAGCAUCUGGCUGGAAAUGUGGGCUUGCUGUUCACGAACAGGGAACCGCGGGAGAUACUGGAUCAUUUUGCUGCGUACGCUCAGACGGACUAUGCCCGCGCUGGCACGGUUGCGGACCGUACCUUUACCAUCCCUGAGGGUGUGGUGCACAGCCGGGGUGGCGAGCUGGCUGAAGAGGACGACGUGCCGCUGCCGCAUAGCCUGGAGGUCACGGUGCGGAAGUGGGGGAUGCCGACGAAGCUGGUGAAGGGGAAGGUUGUGUUGGACACGGAGUACACAGUGUGUAAAGAGGGGGAGACGCUCAACUCGAACCAGACAGCGCUGUUGAAGAUGUUCGGGGUCGCGAUGGCGGAGUUUAGGGUGCAGAUGAAAGCGUGA